AUGAGUACUGAUCGAAUGCCUCGAUAUUAUGAAAGGGAGAUAUCCUUCUCUAUCUCUUGCACUGUAUGUCAGGCCCACCCACCGUCUUCAUCACGGCAGUUGCUCUCUCUGAGUCUCUUCUCUCUGCCUACCUCCAUGUCCGUGGCUGCUGCAGUUGAUCCACUUGUUGUGGGCCGAGUCAUAGGCGAUGUCGUCGAUAUGUUUGUUCCUACUGUCACCAUGUCUGCUUACUUCGGAACGGAACAUAUCACCAACGGUUGUGAUAUUAAGCCUUCUAUGGCUGUCAAUCCUCCUAAAGUUGUCGUCUCUGGCCGAAACGAUGAUCUCUAUACUCUGGUGAUGACAGACCCAGAUGCCCCCAGCCCAAGCCAGCCCACUAUGCGUGAAUGGGUCCACUGGAUCGUCGUUGAUAUCCCCGGUGGCACAAACCCCAUUAGAGGCAAGGACAUAAUGCCCUACGUGGGUCCUCAGCCGUCGGUGGGAAUACACAGGUACAUUCUAGUGCUGUUCAGUCAGAAGAAUCCGGUGAAGGACUCAAUCCAGCUCCAGCAACCAGCUACUCGCGUAAACUUUAAUACUAGGGAAUUUGCAAAGCAACACGACCUCGGCCUGCCGGUCGCAACUGUUUACUUCAACGCCCAGAAGGAGCUUGCGAAUGAAAAGCCUUGA